AAUUUCUGGAAUUAUUGCUCAGAUUACAAAUACAUGAAAUAUGUACGUGCAACCUGUGGUGAAUCCCCGUUGAAAUCUGCAGUCACACACUCACUAGUCACACUGCGUUUCCCCCUCAUCAUGACUCUUUUAAGUCACUCUUAAAAUGACGGACUUUAUGUUUGGAGACGACCCGGAAAUGCCUCCACUAGAGGAAGGCCCGGAUGAUUAUGACGAGUUCAAUGAUGAAACGUUUGGAGGCGAAAUUGAGGAAGACUGGCAGAACACGCAUGAGAAGUUCAGCACAGGGUUCGGCAAUACGUCCUUUGAGGAUGACUACGGCAAGAUUGCACCCAAGAGACCGCACGAUUCUGGGUGCUACAGUGGAGAGAGAGCCCGUAUUCACGAGGAAAAUCUUGAGGAGAGUAUCAGCAAGCUAGUUCUAGAUGACGAGGAUGACGAAGAUGACAUGUAUGGCUCAUCGACUGGGAAGUCUCAACCCAUCACCAUCGGAGCUGGAGCCAACAUGGGAGGAUCCAGCAACAUGUCCCAGCUAUUUGGGCCUUCCUCCCCGCCGGCGCUCUUCGAUCCUCAGGAGUUCAUCUCGCCGGGGAGCAAGAAGAACAUCUGGGGCUCCCCGACCUCCCAGAAGGUGACGAGCAACACGGAGCAGCAUCUCAAGGCCAUGCUUAACAUACGCCCACCGGAAGACUUGCCUCUGGAGGACCCAGCUGUGGUGCAGGCUGUCCCCGGCGCCGAGCCCGCCAAGAAGGUCUUCACCCUCGAAGAGCUGGAGAAAGACCUGACAGGCAGGGCGCCCCCUCAGCGCACCAUCUCCCCGAUCCUGGGCUCCCCUCCCAUGAGCAAAAUGAUGCCAGUCGGUACCCCGCCCCAACACUCCUUCUUGCAGAGGACGCCGGCCGGCAUGGUGCACCAGCAGCAACUGCAGCUGAAAAAACAGCAGCAGCAACAACAGCAGCAGCAGCAACAGCAGGCGGCUUUGCAACAGCAGGCAAUGCAGCAACAAAUGAAAUCAAAGCCUCCCAGUCAAUCAAUGACUCCACAGCAGCAGCUUGCUACGACGCAUGCCAUUCAGCAGUUGGUCCAGCAAAUCCACCAGUCCGUCGGCGGCCGCGUGUCGCCGACCCACAUCACCCAACUGGUGCUCAGCAUGCAGGCUGCCAGCGGCCGCGCUUCCCCGAACCAGAUCCGUCAACUCAUCAUGGCGAACACCGGGCAGGGCAACGCUUCGCCGUUCCCCAGGCCAAUGGGUGCCGGCGUGACUCCCACCAAGGGUAUGGCCCCGCCUCCUGGGAUGACCCCGCCCGGAAUGACCCCGCCCGGAAUGACCCCGCCCUCUGGAGGACCACCCCCAAGAACACCGAUGCAGCAGCAACAACAGAAGCAACAGCAGCAGCAGCAGCGGUUUGGAUCUCCCAUGAUGCAGCAGCGGCCGAUGUCUCCCAUGAUGCACCAGCAGCGGCCGGGAUCCCCCAUGAUGCAGCAGGGCCGGCCUCCCAUGAUGCCGUUUUCGCCGGGGGGUAUGAUGGGAGGGCCUCACCCGCGUACUCCUCAAGGCAUGCGUGGCCCGGGCCCGGGCCCUGGCCCAGGCCCGGGGAGAAACAUGAACACGUUUGGCCUGACACCUAUGCACCCACAUAUUCCCCCGAUGCGACCUUUCUCUGAUCCGGGAAUGAGACGACGCUUUCCGUUCAACAACCAGCAGAGGCCGUAUUCACAAACGCCAAAUCGCUAUGGAGACAGACACCAGCGACCUUACCAUAACCGUUACUAUGACAAUGAACAUCGCCGCCCAGGCCCUGGUGGGGAUGCCAAUACAGACGACUAUGCAAACCUGAUGACGCUACGGGAAAAGGAAUGGGUCCAGAAGAUCCAAAUGCUUCAGUUACAGAGCAAUAACCCUGAGGUGGAUGAUUACUACUAUCAGGCUUACAUGCUAAAGAAGCAAGGCCAGGAGGAACAGAGCAAGGAAGGAGUGCAGGCUGAGAAGAAGAAGAAGAACGGCAAGGAAGCCGAUAAGAUCAUCACGCGGACUCUGGAACAUCGGGUCUACCAACCAGCUCAAUACGAAGGUGCUCUCGGUCGUGUCACGUCAUCAAGUGUCAACAAUCCCAGACAGUUGAUCGACUUCCACAUUGAAGCAGUCGGGGAUGAAGAAGAGGGCUCUAAACCCAGCGCUGCCAAGGAGCAGAGCAAGAAGCGUCGCACGCUGCUGUCUGUGGAGCGCGUCUACGGCAUCUUGCUGCAGCUGGACGACCUGGCGAAGCAGGUGCUGACGCUGCCGGAGUCCGACCGCAGCACCCUGAUUGAGAAGAGACAGAACAUGGUCGGGGUGAUAUACGCUCACCUCAAGCCGGAGACUGUGCUGUGUGAUCGACCAUCCGAUGACCACUUUAUCCAAGUCCUGUCGGUGCGUAAAGGUCGCAAGCUCAUCGCCAGAGUCCUGCCGCUGCUGGACAAGAAGGAGGCGCAGUGCGUAGUCCAGGCCAUUCUCAGAAACAUGAGUCUGCUCCUGAAGAAGGAGUCGCAAGAGAUGCGCAAGGAGCUGCAGGAGUCACAGAAAACAAACGCACAGGAGACAUUACCCAUGGUCUUCCCACCGUUAUGGCGUUGCAUCCAGACCACCACCCUGCCUGAGCUCACCUGCAUGGUGAAGCAGCUGACAGCCGGGGCCAGUGGCGUCUCACCCUCACGGCAAUACGGCUCCAUCAUCUCCAUGCAUAUGCAGAACAAGUUUGGUGUGUCCGUCAUCCUGUGCCUGUUGAGCCAAGGGGAGAGGAUCUUCAGCAGCACAUCGCUCGUAGACUUGGAGGAAGACACGCAGAAUGACUGGGUGGACUGUGUGAAUCAAUUUGCCAAAGACAUCUGCGUUGUUGCCGAUGCCGCAAUACCCCAGCCCCUGGUCACCGUGGACAACGUUUUGCCGCAUUUUGCGCGGUUUGUCAGCAAGCAGACGUUCAAUGCCUUGGAGAAGAGACUCAGAUCAAUCACAGAAGAAAAGACAGCACAAUGAUCGUCAAACUUUAAAAUUGAUUCUCGUCCAACAAGUGUUACCACUAUUAACUGAAUAUUUAACGACAAGUUAAAACCGCGAAGGUAAGACAAACCACAUUAAACAUAAUUUACAUUUUCGAAAAGGGUAACUUUUUAUUUAAAUCUUAGAAAAAAAAGUGGAAUUUGUUCAUUGAUAAAAACCAGCAUUUGAAAUUUUGGAAGAAAUUCUUUUUCUCGGUGAAUAAAUUGUGUGUGCUUAAUAUUUUUUUUAGGUUUUGACAUUUGUUCGUAUUAAAACAACUUCCACUUUUUUUGCAUGACUAGGGUUCAUGAAAUCUUGAGAAUUUAAUUGAAAAUUAUU